CAGAAGAAGGAGAGAGGGCUGGGGAGCAGCCUGGAGGCAUUUGCAAGAAUGUUUUCUGCAACGCCUGCAGUCACUGUGUGAUAUACAUGAUGUUCCUCCUUCUGCCUCCAAGAACUGAGAGCUAUGAAGAUCUGGAGUCUCUGAGGGGACCCAAAAUGAGAUCAUAAAUGCAGCACCUCUGGAGGAACACAUCUGCCCACGGUGAUAGGUGGCGGGUGCAGAUGUUAAGAAGUUGCUGCUGCUGCUGCUACUUUUAUCCGUUGGGUUGCAAGUGACUGUUUUCCCAAGUUGCACUAUGAGAACGCUGCUGGUGGACUAAACACUCUGCAUUGAUGUAGAUUUAGAAGUAAUUCAAGCCUCCAGAAAAGUAGAAGGUUUAGGAUCCGUGUCUUCUUGUGUUUUCACCGCAACAGCAUGGCAAGUAAGCGAAAAUCCACGACACCCUGCAUGGUCCUAGCACGAGAGACGGAGCCAGAGGUCGAAGCUCUCUCUGACAUUGAAGAACAUUUUGCAGACCUGCCACCUGCCAAUACGCCUGCGGGAAGCCUGUCAAGUGAUGAGGAUUCUCGGGAAAAUGGGGACUCGGACAAUCAGCUGGAUAAAAAAAUUGAAGGUGGCUAUGAAUGCAAAUACUGCACAUUUCAGACUACCGAUCUCAACAUGUUUACUUUCCACGUGGAUUCCGAGCAUCCACAUAUUGUAUUAAGCUCCUCCUACAUUUGCCUGGAAUGCAAGUUUGUUACCAAGAGGUACGAUGCUCUCUCGGAGCACAACACCAAGUACCACCCUGGAGAGGACAAUUUUAAACUGACCAUGGUGAAGCGAAACAACCAGACCAUCUUUGAGCAGACGGUGAACGAUCUCACUUUCGACGGAAGUUUUGUACAGGAGGAGAAAGCGGAAGAAACGGAAGGGCCUGAGGGCCCUCUGUCGAGCAUCUCCAUAAGCAAAACCCCCAUUAUGAAAAUGAUGAAGAAUAAGAACGAAACAAAGCGAAUCGCUGUUUUCCACAACGCGGCCGAGGACGGUCCUGCGGAAGAAAACGACGCUGAAACGGACCCAGAGUGUGAGGAAGUAACAGAAAAACCAGCAUCUGCAGUGUCUGAAUGCAAUGCAAAUAAAACACCAGCUGCAGAAACAGUCGGCACAGUGGUGAAUCCAACAACAGUGAUUCAGCCGACCCAAGUGAUUACUACGAUCGCAUCACCGCCAAACUCCAGCUUGAUUUCUAAAGUCUUGAUUCCCAUUAAUAGCAUUCCAACCUACAAUACUGCUCUGGAUAACAACCCUCUUUUGCUGAACACCUACAACAAGUUUCCUUACCCGACCGUGUCAGAAAUUGCACUUCUAGCGACUCAAGCGAAAUAUACUGAGGAACAGAUCAAAAUCUGGUUCUCUGCCCAGCGCCUGAAACAUGGGGUCAGCUGGACCCCAGAGGAGGUAGAAGAAGCCAGGAGGAAGCAAUUCAAUGGCACUGUGCAUACGGUCCCUCAGACCAUUACUGUGAUUCCGGCACACAUUUCGGCAGCUAGCAACGGCCUGCCUUCCAUUUUGCAGACCUGUCAAAUAGUUGGCCAGCCGGGCCUUGUCCUUACGCAGGUCACAGGUGCCGGCGCACUUCCAGUGACAGCCCCCAUCGCUUUGGCCGUGGCAGGAGUCCCAAAUCAAACCCAGCUGCAGAAAGCACAAGUUCAAGCCACUCAGCCGGCAACUGAAACCAAGCAGAUUGCUGCGAUCCCGGCUCCUCAGCUCACCAAAUCGGAGGUGGUGGCGGCCGCUGCCAGUGUGGACACGGUUGGGGGCCGUACAAAGAAAACCAAGGAACAGCUGACAGAAUUAAAGAUCAGCUAUCUUAAGAGUCACUUUCCUCUUGAUUCGGAGAUCGUGAGACUCAUGAAAAGUACAGGCCUGACUAAAGGAGAGAUCAAGAAAUGGUUCAGCGACACCCGAUAUAAUCAGCGGAACUCAAAGCACAACCAUUAUAAUCAUCUCAACAACGAUUCUUGCACUAUUAUUAUUGAUUCAAGUGAUGAAACAAACGACCCCCCGAUGCAGGCCCAGCAGAAACACUCAUGGAGUGCCUCUGAUUUUAGCCCUCAGAAAUUCAAAGAGAAGACAGCUGAGCAACUCAAGAUCCUCCAAGAUAGUUUCAGCAACAAUCCCGUCCUUACAGAUGAUGAACUCAAUAGGAUAAGGUUGGAAACAAAGUUGACCAGGCGAGAGGUUGAUGCCUGGUUUGCAGAACAGAAAAAGUCCAGUGCUCUACAUGAGGAGAAUGAGGAAGUCGGUGAAAAUAAUACGGGGAACCUGAAGGAAACAUCCGUUGCAGAAUCCUUGGGGGGAGAAGGAGCUGGAGUACAGAAACCGGGGAAACUGGGUAAAAAAUCACCUGAACAGUUACAUAUGCUGAAAAUGUCGUUCGUCCGGACUCAGUGGCCAUCAGGAGAGGAAUAUGACAAGUUGGCAGAAGAAACUGGACUUCCUCGGUCAGAGAUUGUUAGUUGGUUUGGAGAUACUAGAUAUGCUUGGAAAAAUGGCGGCUUGAAAUGGUACUAUUACUACCAGGGGGCCAAGGCUAGUAGCAUGAAUGGUCAAGGCCAUUCUAGAAGAAGAGGAAGAGGAAGACCAAAGGGGAGGGGGAGGGGGAGGCCUCGUGGGCGGCCAAGGGCCAGUAAGAGGGUUAAACACUGGGACAGAACGCCCGUCAUCAAGUUUAAAACUGGAAAAGCCAUCCUUAAGGAUUAUUACCUAAAACACAAAUUUCUCAAUGAACAGGACCUUGAUGAGCUCGUUGCCAAAUCGCACAUGGGGUAUGAGCAGGUGAGAGAGUGGUUUGCGGAUAAGCAGAGAAGAGAUGAAUUAGGCCUUGAGUUGUUUGAGGAACAAGAGGAAGAAGAAGAGCCGUUGGAGGACCAGGGUGAUGAAGAUGACGAUGAAGAUGAAGAUGAAACGGAUGACAGCGACAAUUGGGAGCCUCCACGCCACGUGAGGCGUAAACUCUCAAAAUCAGACUGAAUUGUCCGUUUUAGGGAUAGUGGGAACAUCCAUCUGGCUGCACUGUGCCAAACGCCUGGUGCUGACCCUCUUGAUUCUAGCGACCGCCAUUUUAGAAUUCAGCCCGCCUGGAAAGGGGGAGAGGACUCGCUCCUCGGUUCGCAGAGACGGACGAGCCGCUCCCAAAAUCGGGAGGCACCCAGCCCACGCAAAACGGAUGAGCCGUCCUUUACACCUGUGCUGAUCGGAGCGCGUGAUCCAAGGGGACUCUUGUGCUGAAUUGCCUUAUGUUUUGAUUCCAAAAAUCCUCUUAAGGAUGGAAAUGAAUUUUUAGGGGAAAAAAUUUUAAAAAAUGUUUCCUUCCUGUUUCCAAGAGGAAAAUAAGAACAAAAUGAGAUGGAAAAAGAAAGUGCAUACACUGUACCUGUUGCAAAACUGCAUGCCCCUUUCCCUCGCUCCAAGCAUAAGGAAAAAGGUUCAGAGGAAAACAAGAUGGGUUGGGGAUAAAAGAUACCAAAGGACAGAACCAGUAGAGGGUGAGGAUUGCUUGAAGGGUUUUGUGGGUUUUUUUUUAAAAAGGGGAAUAGAAGAAAAGAAUAUCUUUGUUACAUAUGGAGCCUGUGUGCUUAGGUUUACAGAAGUCCUAUUGAAUGUGUAUCUCUAGCUGUGUUCAGGGAAUUUGGGUCUGGAGUAUGUUUUUAUAUUAAACUUAAUCUGCGUGUAUCGUAUUUAAAUACUAGAUACAGUGAAUGCAGCCAAUACCAAAACUUGUCUUUGAUUAUGUAGUUCUUUUGAAACUAUUGAGAUAAAAGGAUUGAAUCCUGACCCACAUCCCAAUUCUAUGGAGUAGGUUCCCAUAAUGAAAGAAGCAAAGCUAAAAGACCACAUACAGGUUGCUUGGUUUAAAAUAAUAAUGGCCAAAUCUUUCUUCCUUGGGGAGUCAGAUGCUCUCUGGCCUAGGUGUGUCAUCAUCACCUCUCUCUGGCCUUCCUUGCACCUGCCAAAUACAUAGAUCAGCAGCAGAGAGUUGAGCCACGUAUGAUGAAUAAACUGACUUCCCUUCCUGUCUCUGCAUCUUACCCAGAAAAGGGAUGUCGCCCUAGCCAAAAAGCAGCCUGUGACUUAAAUUGCUUUUUAUGCUGUCCAUUCUGGAGUAACCUCUCUUCAUAACAGAAAGGGGGCCUGCUUACAGUGAAGGAAUGCCUUAGGUCAGUGGUCCCUGACCUUGGGCCUCCAGAUGUUCUUGGACUACAACUCCCAGAAGUCU